AACACAUAAACUUCCACCGUAGCAUGCAAUGGCAGCUAAAUUUCCCAUCAACUUUUCGGAGCAUUUCUUACAUUUCUCGUGUUCCAGCCUUCCUAGUGAAUUCGAGACCCAUAACACUCGAAUCUCUUCGAAAUCACGAGCAAGACCGGAGAAGAAGCAGCGGUAGCCCCGAUGACAUCGGCCGACCAACUUUCGAUGGCUUGUUUCAUUUUGAUGCCAACCACACCCUUUCCAGUGGGAGAUGGUACCACUCCCCGUUGACCUAUGGUUUCACAUCCACUUCCUCCAUGCCCCCGAAUCUGAAUUCCAACGUGGUUGUUGCCGUCAUCGAUGCGGCAUUCCGAAAAUGGCAAGGUGCUGUCCCUGAGUUCGCGUUCCAAAGGAUAUACCCAGGCGAGAACGCCGAUAUCAAGAUUUCGUUUACUACACUGGACCCUAAGAAUUAUGGUUUUGGUUAUUAUCCACCUGAUGGGAGGCUUUACCUUGAUAUUGACCACACGAUUUGGAGCACUAAAUCUUACCCUGCAGGAAACGAGCUGGAUUUGAUGUCUGGAGCCAUGCAUGAAAUAGGGCACACGCUCGGCCUUGAGCACAGUAGUGAUCGAACUGCAGUCAUGUAUCCUUAUCUUGAUUAUGGAACUAACAAAAGGGAGCUUAGCCAAGAGGACAUCUAUGUAGUACAGUCUUUAUACUACACUUCCCUGUCGCACCUUGAGUUAGCUAAAUCUAUAUAGCUAAUUUCAAGACCUUGGGAAGCUUGAUUUUAUCUUAUUAAAUAAGUGAUUAUCACAUUUAAAAUUAUUAUAAUAAGAAGUGAAGUAUAAGCGUAAAGCUUUUG